AUGGUGUUGGAUAUUGAUUAUUUCCGUGUGAAGAAGGGUGGAGAACCUGAUGUUAUCCGGAAAUCUCAAAAAGAUCGGUAUAAGGAUGAAACUUUGGUUGAUAAAGUGAUUGACACCGACGAAACUUGGGUUAAAGGUACGUUAUUUGUUAUUAGAUUCACAAAACUAUAGAACAAAUAAGGUAAUAUUGUCUGUUUCAGUUCGGUUCACUUUGGACAACUUGAACCGCUUAAAGAAUGUGACGAGCAAGGCUGUGGGAGAGAAAAUGAAGGUAAAUAUUGGGUUUUAGAUAUUGAAUAUGUUAUUUUAAUACUACUAUAAGUGCUGUUUAGAAGAAAGAGCCACAAGGAAACGAUCCGACCAUUCCUGAAGAUCUGCUUGCCAAAUUGGAAGAGCUGAAGUUGGAGGAUGUUAGCGUAAGUGUUAUACUUUUUUUUGUUCUUAAUUUAGGCAGAUGUUAAACUUUAAAAAGAUUAUGAACGUGUAUUAAAGAGUAAAAAUGUUUUUAAAUUUGAAUAAAAGCCAUAUCAGUAGGUCUAAGCGUUCUAAAGUAGUUUAAGUUUUAGACUUUAACUGUGGUGCAAAUCAAAAAGCUUAAAGAAUUGGUAGAACAACAGAUGGUGAAGGCCAAAGAUGAAAUGACGAGAUUGGAAGGUGAACGGGAUUCAUAUCUUGGCCAAAUUGGCAACAUUCUCCAUUCCAGUGUUGUAGUCAGUGACGACGAAGCCAACAACAAGAUUGAGCGAACGUUCGAAGGAAAAGACGGUUUUUCCAAGAAGAAGUAUUCUCAUGUUGAUUUAGUUGUAAUGGUCGACGGAUUUGAUGGAGAACGAGGUACUUCUGUAGCUGGUGGACGUGGAUACUUCCUGAAAGGUCCUUUGGUGUUUUUGGAACAAGCGUUGAUUAAUUUGGCACUGAGGAUUUUGAAUGAAAACGAAUUUACGCCGUUAUAUACACCUUUCUUCAUGAGGAAGGAGGUAAUGCAGGAAGUUGCUCAGCUCAGCCAGUUUGACGACGAAUUGUACAAAGUAGGUUGUGAAUGAUGUAUGGUUUAUAUGUAUAUUAGUUUCAUAUUUUGGUAUUUUUAAUCACGUUAAGUCAUAAAUUGAUAAGCCUAUAUUUUUACUUAGGUUAGUUCAAAGGGCUCGGAAGUUGUUGGAGACGAGACUGUGGAUGAAAAAUAUCUGAUUGCCACAUCAGAACAGCCAAUUGCUGCGUAUCACAGGAACGAAUGGUUGAAUCCACAAGAUCUGCCAAUAAAAUAUGCUGGUUUAUCGACUUGUUUUAGACAAGAAGUCGGUUCUCAUGGUAGAGACACACGUGGUAUCUUCCGUGUACAUCAGUUUGAGAAGAUUGAACAGUUUGUGAUAUGUUCUCCACAUGACAACGUGUCUUGGCAAUUGUUCGACGAGGUAAUGAGUUGAUCUUUUGUUUGGACAUGGUUUUUAUUUAACUAAUUUUAUAUUUUUUUGACAUUAACUCAUUUUCCAUAUUUUAGAUGAUUGGAAACGCCGAAAAAUUCUACCAAUCUCUUGGAAUACCUUAUCAAAUUGUCAACAUUGUAUCCGGCGAACUCAACAACGCCGCUGCCAAGAAGUUCGAUUUGGAAGGCUGGUUCCCAGGUGGUGGAGCCUUCAGAGAACUAGUGUCAUGCUCAAAUUGUACUGACUACCAGGCCAGACGCCUCAAGGUACGAUAUGGCCAAAAGUCAAUGGACGGUGAAGUGAACUAUGUUCAUAUGUUGAAUGCUACAAUGUGUGCUACGACCAGAGUGAUUUGUGCCGUGCUGGAGAACUACCAAGAAGACGAUGGAAUUAGAAUCCCCGAAGUUUUGCAGGAAUUUAUGCCACAACGCUACAAGGAGAAGAUUCCUUUCGUUAAAGAGGCACCAAUUGAGGUAGAAGCCAAGAAGGUACAGAAGAAGAAGUAA